UGACCCUUCUCCGCCUACGCUGAUCCCAUUGUCUUCCUCUUCACGUUCCAACUUCUAUUAGGGUUUUUCUGUCUAAAUCUCGAUCGAUCCAAGACGAAAAGAAAAAAAAAAUAGGGUCUUUUUUCUCACACAAUUAGGGGGGUUUCGGAGAGCAUAGGAAGAGAAUAUGCCUUCGUUACCCUUUGAAUCGAUUUUGCUCCCUUUGAUCCCUUCUUCCACUCAUUCUCAUGUUGGUUUAUGUUUAUGUUCCCAUCGUUUGAAACAUCUUCAAAAGAGCGAUCGUCGUGGUUUAAAGCUCGUCAACUGAUUGCUGUAACCGUCUUUAGAAAGCUAGCUAGGACUGUUUGUAUUCAUUGGUGUUAUAAAAGGACCAUGUUGGGUUCCCGAGAGGUAGAUGAUUUGAGUGACCUUAAACAGGCAGUACUUGGUGCUUGUUUGAAAGAAUGUGUUGGGGGUGAUACGAGUGGUGUGGACGAUUUACUUGAGCAAGGACAUCAAAGCAAACCUCCACAGAAGUGUUUAGGCAAGCGUGCCUCAUUAUCUACUAGAGUCUCUACUCCUGAAGAUGAUGUUGAUGAAAUCGAAACUUCAUUGAGGUGGCUAUUCUCAGAGGAUUUGGCGCAGUCAUCUUGGUCCUGUUCAGCUUCUUUCCCCACUCCAUUGAAGCUAGUGUCUGCCCUCAAAGGUAGCCGUCAAAAACAGGGAUUACCAACUAAGGAGCUGACAGUGACAUGGGCCCCUGAUGUUUAUGAUCCUCUUCCAACAUCCGUUUUGCACACAGUUAGAGGCAAAAAGCAGCAGAAGUCGAAGAAGAACAAUGAUAAGAAGAAAAAAGGAAAGAAAUGGCACAAGGGCAACAACUCCUUGCGUGGUGGUGGUAAAGACAACAAACAGUUUCACAGAGGUGGUGGGAGUUUGGAUAAGUGGUAUAACUACAAACCACUUGAGCUUCAUGGCACGGUAGUCAACAAUGCCUCAGGCAACCUUGAUGGUUUUAAGGUUGGCAGUACAGACCCCUACUGUGGGACUAGUUAUCUGAAAAAUUCACUCACUAGAAUGCACUACUCUGUGGCGGAGGCUUUAUGACUAAGGCUCUUGCUUUUAACGGUUCCUGUAGAUAAAUAAUCCCUUUUUUCUGCCCUCUCGUAUGAAUAUUUGAACAGUUGCCUUUAGGUUGCAAUUUGCUAUGCUAUGAUCUUUUUGAUAAUGGUGUGGAUUUGAAAGUUUUGUUCAGUGCGCUGUUUGUGCUGUGUAGGAGGCAGCACUUGAACAGCUUGAUUGCCUUCUUGCUUUGUGAAAUAGUAUAUUUUGUUUGAUCCAAAUAGUAGACAGUGAGAUUGUAUUGGAAUCUUAUGCUCUUAUUUUUUAUUAUUAGCUUUGUGAACUAAACAUAGCAUUUCAUCUA